GACGUGUAUCCAGUAAAUCCAUCUUGUAAAGUUGAAAAUAGAUAAUUUUAACUUUGGUCGAAGAUAACGUGUAUUGAAAAUGUGAUACUUUGUUUAAAAUUUUGAUAUUUAUUAGUACAUAGUUACCAAUUUACACUUUACCUUUAAAAAUUUUAUUAAUCUAUCCCAAUUUCGAAUCACUCAAAUUCAACCGCAUAGUUCCAUAACUGCAUUAAAGUUUCGACAACCAUGCGUGACUUACCUCGUAUAACUCGGGCCUUGAGGGUACAUACACUACUCGAGUCGCCCUUCAUCUCGUCACCCACCGCAAAGCACAAAACAAAGUCACGAAAAAAACAGAAAAAAAGGUAUAGAACAUAUGAGGAAUUAUGUGGAUAUAUAAAACGAAAUGAACUGCAGUCAAGUAAGAUCCUCAAACUCUUGGAGCAAUUGAGAGAGACCUGUGUUAGCUUGAGUGAUUUUCAUCCCAGUAACUUAGUUGAUGACGCUGUUAUUCUGUCUUUGAGAAUGUUUAUGCAAGAAGACAUAGUUAUGAUGAAGCACAUGUUAAACCUACGAACAAUGUUUGGGGAUGUCAGCCAGGCUACAGCAAACAAGAUACGUCUGCUUGUCGCAGAUAUAACAAAAGAAUUAUCAGAUGACACAAUAGAAUAUAUCCUGAAACCAAAAAAAGAUAAGCCUGCAAAGAAACCAACGUUGUGGGGUGAACACAUACACUACCAAUGUGUUCCAUAUAUUCUUAAUAAAAAAAACCUGCCCAAGAUGAUAUCGAAGCCAGCAACUGACAGUAAUUUUAUCAGAGACUUUUCUAUGAAAUAUGAUAAUAAAACUGGUAAAGUUGAAACUGCCUCAACAACCAAACCUAAGUAUGGCAGGGAUUGGAUCCAAGAGAAAACUAGGGAACUAUUCCCUGAUGACUAUGCACCAAUGCUUCAGUCUAUUUUGAACUUGAUACACUCAACUCGGAGCAACGAAGAAAUCCAGAAUGACAUGUUUGACCUUUUGGGUUUUGACAAAAUUGAGUUCAUUCAAGACUUGCUUGUGCAUCGCCAAGAACUUCUAGCUAAUUUGAAGCUUAAGACUGAACCAGAAAAAGAUAUAAAAAUGACACCGAUAGUGUAUGAGGAGAAGCCAACGUUUCCUCAGUAUCUCUGUCAAGUCUCAGUGCAGUCUGAACAAGAAAAGAUGAUUGCAAAACUCAUGCAGAAAGAAGAGAAAAGAGAAAAAAAGGAAGCAAGGAAAAUGCAGUUAAAAGAAGAACAAGAACCAGAGUUUAAUGUCUCACAAGCCAGAGCGAGAAUGCUAGCGGAAUACUCUAAACCUGUUGUGCCAUUUUCCACCUCGGGAUCCUCUAAGGACUCGGAUCCCAUUUUGCGAAAAAUUUCAUACAAGCAAACCAAAGUACAAUACCCCAAUGUUUUUGAUUCAUCGCUAGAUUCCAAAAAUGCGGCUGGUUUCAUAUCAGGGUUAAAAAUGUUGCUACCCAAAGACGUAAAGAGAAAGGACACUAAAGAAUACGAAGAAGUAAUUAUACCCAUAAAUGAACCACCACCUUUAUCUGUUGGUAAUACGAGAGUGCAAAUAUCUGACUUAGAUGAGAUUGGUCAAAUAGUGUUUGAAAAUAUAAAGGAGCUAAAUCGAAUACAGUCAGUGGUGUUCCAGACAGCAUAUAAUACGAACGAGAAUUUGUUAAUUUGUGCUCCGACCGGCGCUGGUAAAACCAACAUCGCGCUGCUUACCGUCGUCCAUCAGAUAAAACAGCACAUUGAAAACAAUGUCAUAUUGAAGAAUAAAUUCAAAAUAAUCUACAUAGCACCAAUGAAGGCACUCGCUUCAGAAAUGACGACGAAUUUCGGCAAACGGCUCGCAGGUCUAGGAAUAUCCGUACGUGAAUUAACUGGUGACAUGAAACUGACCAAAUCCGAAGUGCUGCAAACGCAAAUGAUUGUUACGACUCCCGAGAAAUGGGACGUUGUUACACGGAAAGGCGCCACUGAAACGGAACUAGCAUCAAUCGUAAAGCUAUUAAUCAUAGACGAAGUACAUCUUCUGCACGGCGACAGAGGCCCCAUUGUUGAGGCGAUUGUGGCGAGGACGUUGCGGCAGGUCGAAUCUUCGCAGAACAUGAUACGGAUCGUUGGUUUAUCCGCCACACUGCCAAAUUACGUCGACGUAGCAAGAUUCUUACGAGUGAAUCCAAACAUAGGCCUGUUUUAUUUCGAUUCGAGAUUCCGUCCAGUGCCACUAGAACAACAAUUCAUUGGUGUGAAGGCAAUCGGCAGCGGCGGUGGAGUCUAUCUUAGACAGAUGCAAACUAUGAAUGAGCUAUGCUAUGAUAAAACUGUGGACAUGGUGAAACAAGGGCAUCAAGUCAUGGUAUUUGUCCACGCUCGCAACGCUACACACAAUACGGCGAUGAUACUCAAAGAAUUAGCACAGAAAAAUGGACAUACCAAAUAUUUUGAGCCAGACGAUUCCGCUGGAUUCUUAAAGGCCAAAAAGUCUAUAAGCACUAGCCCUUAUAAGCAACUGUCAGAAAUGUUCGCUGCUGGAUUUGCGUGCCACCACGCCGGCAUGUUGCGCAGUGACAGAAACAUGGUGGAAAAAUAUUUCUCUGAAGGUUACAUUAAAGUGCUUGUAUGCACUGCCACCUUAGCUUGGGGAGUCAACCUUCCAGCGCACGCUGUUAUCAUAAGGGGUACUGAGCUGUAUGACCAGAACCGUGGAUCUUUUGUGGACCUCAGUAUACUGGAUGUGCUACAAAUAUUCGGUCGCGCCGGCCGUCCCCAGUUCGACACUUCCGGCACGGGCAUCAUCAUAACUACGCAUGACAAAUUGUCGCAUUACCUCAAAUCUAUGAUGAACCAGUUCCCGAUUGAGAGCAACUUUAUUAACCUAUUAGCUGACCAUUUGAACGCCGAGGUGGCGCUAGGAACUGUGACGAAUAUCGAUGAAGCGGUGGAAUGGCUGAGUUACACAUACUUAUUCGUGCGCAUGAGAAUCAACCCACAGGUCUACGGUCUAGGAUAUGACGACGUGUGUAUGGAACCAAUGUUGGAGACGAAACGGCGUCAGCUCAUCACUACAGCCGCUAUGGAGCUUGACAAAACACAUAUGAUUCGCUACGACGAUCAAACUGGCGAGCUGCAUACUACCGAUCUUGGUCGCACGGCAAGCCACUACUACAUAACGGUGGAGACGAUGCAAGUGUUCAACCAGAUGGUCCGAAGAGCCAUGACACAAGGCAACGUUCUCAAAAUGCUCACCCGAUGCUCCGACUUCCAACAACUAAAGGUAAGAAAAGAAGAACUAUCAGAACUGCGCGUGCUUCAGGAAAACUACUGCCAAAUACGGAUAGAAGACGAAGAAGAAGACAUACACUGGAAGAUAAACAUUCUGCUGCAGACAUUCCUGUCACGCGGGCGCGUCAAUGGAUCCUCGCUGCAAUCGGAUCUUAACUAUAUCACUCAGAACGCUGUGCGCAUAGUCCGGGCACUAUUCGAAAUAACACUGCGCAAAAACAACGCAUACAUGGCGGCUUUGUACCUAAAAAUGGCGAAGAUGCUAGAACUACAACUGUGGGACUUCCAUAGCGACAUGCGGCAAUUCAAUUGUUUCCCCAACGAAAUCUUAAAACAUAUAGAAUAUCCUAUGUUGAGACCUGAUCAGAUUAGAGAGAUGGAUUGGCGAGAGCUUGGCGACCUAAUCCGGAACCCGAAAACAGCGAGGCAAUUGAAAAAGUGUGCAGAAGAGUUCCCUCUGCUAGAAAUGGAAGCGAGCCUGCAGCCCAUCACCAGGACUGUGAUGAAAAUCCGACUCUUCAUAAAACCCGAUUUUAGAUGGAAUGACAAGUACCACGGCAAAGCGCCCGAAGCAUUCUGGAUUUGGGUAGAAGACCCCGAAUCGGACAUAAUGUAUUAUCACGAAUAUUUCCUUCUGGCAAAGAAACAAGUACUGUCAAGGGAACCACAAGAAUUAAUAAUCACCAUUCCAGUAUUGGAGCCGAUGCCACCCCAAUAUUACAUCCGAGCUACGUCCGAGCGGUGGCUCGGUUCAGAGAGCGUAUUGCCUCUAACAUUCCAACACUUGAUUUUGCCCGAAACCCACCCUCCACACACGGAUCUUCGGUAUCUCAGACCUUUACCAGUGCGUGCGUUAAAGAAUCCAGCGUACGAGUCUCUAUAUAAGUUCACGCAUUUCAAUCCGAUCCAAACGCAAAUCUUCCACUGCUUAUACCAUACCGACAACAACGUACUUCUGGGUGCCCCCACGGGUUCCGGAAAGACCAUUGUGGCCGAGGUCGCCAUGUUUCGUGCUUUCAACCACUACCCUAAUUGCAAGGUUGUAUACAUAGCGCCUUUGAAAGCGUUAGUCAAAGAGAGAAUCAAAGAUUGGAAGGUGCGCUUAGAAGGAAACCUUGGAAUGAACGUUGUUGAAUUGACAGGUGAUGUGAGCCCGGACAUUCGUGCUAUACGGAAUUCGCGUGUAAUAGUGACAACACCGGAGAAGUGGGACGGCAUCAGUCGAUCAUGGCAAACCAGAAAGUACGUACAGGACGUGUCACUCAUCGUAAUCGAUGAAAUACAUCUGCUGGGCGAGGAUAGAGGACCCGUGCUCGAAGUAAUCGUCUCAAGAGCUAACUUCAUAGAAUCGCACACGUCACGAAAGCUACGUAUUAUCGGCUUGUCAACCGCUCUGGCCAACGCAGUCGAUCUUGCCGAUUGGCUCAACAUAGGCAAAAUGGGGCUUUACAACUUCAGACCUUCGGUGCGACCUGUACCGUUACAGAUUCACGUCUCUGGAUUCCCCGGACGGCACUACUGUCCGCGCAUGAUGACAAUGAAUAAACCCACCUUCAUGGCCAUCCGCACACAUGCGCCGUGCGCUCCCUCCCUGGUCUUCGUCUCCAGUAGACGACAGACAAGGCUCACAGCAUUGGACCUAAUCGCAUAUUUAGCCGCCGAGGAGAACCCGAAGCAAUGGCUUCACAUGCAAGAACAUGAAAUGGAGCAAAUCUUAGCACACAUCCGAGACUCGAACCUGAAACUCACGCUGGCCUUCGGCAUCGGGCUCCACCACGCCGGGUUGCAUGAGCGUGAUAGAACCACGGUGGAAGAGCUCUUUGUUAACCAGAAGAUUCAAGUGCUGAUAUGCACUGCAACGCUGGCGUGGGGCGUGAAUUUCCCCGCGCACCUGGUCGUUAUCAAGGGCACUGAAUAUUACGAUGGGAAGCAGAAGCGCUACGUAGACAUGCCCAUCACUGACGUGCUUCAGAUGAUGGGCAGAGCAGGACGGCCGCAGUAUGACUACAUGGGAGUAGCAGUGGUGCUAGUCCACGAACAAAAAAAGAAUUUCUACAAAAAAUUCUUUUACGAACCGUUCCCCGUCGAGUCCAGCCUGCUUGAAGUGCUGCCCGAACAUUUGAACGCCGAAAUUGUUGCUGGCACGGUGCAGACGAAACAAGAUAUCCUAGACUACUUAACGUGGACAUAUUUCUUCAGGCGUCUGCUGAAGAAUCCCUCUUACUACAGCCUCGAAAGCUUAGAGACAGAAGACGUCAAUUAUUAUUUGUCUACACUUGUACAAUCUGCUUUAGACGUUUUGGCCAAUGCAAAUUGUGUCGAGAUUGAAGAGGACCAACGCACUGUGAACAGCACAUGGAUGGGACGGAUUGCUUCAUACUACUACCUAUCGCACAAAACGAUGGCACAUUUCAGCGUCAAUUUGCAUUAUGAUAUGGAUAUCGAUUUGCUCCUGCGCGUGCUGUCCGACUGCGAAGAAUACGCUACACUCCCCGUUAGGCACAAUGAGGAUGUCCUCAACGGUGAAUUGGCACAACAAUGCCGUUUGCCGGUGGACCCGUUAACACUGGACCUUUCCAACGUUAAAGCAUUCCUACUUCUGCAGGCGCAUAUGUCCAGAUUGAUGCUACCUAACUCUGACUACUUCACUGACACCAAAUCUGUACUUGACCAGACUAUCCGGAUCAUUCAAGCAAUGAUAGACGUAACGGCCGAGUACGGAUGGUUGACUGUCUGUCUGUCGUGCCAAAUGCUUAUGCAGUGUAUUAUCCAAGCGCGGUGGUUGAGCGAUUCACCCCUAACCACACUCCCAUACAUAGAAUCACAGCACCUAUACAUGUUUCUACAAAUGGCGCGAGACUCAAACAAACCCUGCACUCACCUGAACGGCCUCAAAAUAGCUACUAUCAAUAACUACGAGUUGUUAGCAAAAUAUUUGAGAAAGGAGUUUGAAGAAAAUCAAAUAGCAGAGAUCCAUAAGGUAAUCUGCAAUUUACCAACAUUAGAUGUGAAACUUGCCGUGCGAGGGCUUUGGGUUGAAAGCGACUGCGAACAGGACAGGACGAUACGACAGCCUGCGUCCAGUAGCAGCUGGAUGCCAUUACAUGCUGACCAGGAAUAUACACUCUUAGUAGAAAUGCGCCGUCGCGGGGGCAAUUCCAGCAACAUAGCUUGUUCACGAUUUCCUCGAUCGAAAAACGAAGGCUGGUUCAUCACCCUUGGCACCGUUGAAUAUCGUGAAUUGCACGCCUUAAAGAGGGUGCAACCAAGAGGGACGGCUCAGGUCACUUUCAACACUCCAUCGCAAACGGGUCGAAUUAUAUACACAGUGUACAUAAUGAGUGACUGCUACAUGGGCCUCGAUCAGCAAUAUGACCUCCAAUUUGAAAUUGUGGAUUCCUUGCCGCCGGAAACAGUGUCUACGGUAUAUGACACUAUAGAUAAGAAACACUUAAGAGAAAAUGUAAUUAAGCCGUAGUUUAUCAAUUUCCCAUAACAUACCUUAAUUUAUAAAAUUGUUAGAAGUGUAUGUAAACAUCAAUGUGUCAAUCAGUCUACUACUUACUUAAUUUUUAUAUUAUAUUUUUCU